AUGAUUGUUUGGGUGCAACUCCCGGCGUUGAAAAUUCAUUUUUACCACAAGGAAGUUCUCACGUCACUUGGAAAUCUCAUCGGACGCACUAUCAAACUCGAUUAUCACACUCUGAAUCAACAACGUGCGAAAUUCGCCCGGCUGGCGGUGGAGGUGGAUUUAUCCAAACAUCUGGUUCCCCGGAUAUGGCUGGAUGAUGCUUGGCAGAAAGUAGAAUAUGAGAAUCUACCUGCGGUCUGUUUCUCCUGUGGAAAGAUUGGGCAUAACGAGGACGAGUGCCCUGGGAAACGCCCGGCACUCCCGCCGCCGGCGUGCACAAGCCCCAUGCCUGCAACUCCGGUGGAAGGGACAGCGGAGAUUCCGGAGGAGCCGAAUCCGGGAUUUGGGCCAUGGCUGUUGGUCUCGCGGAGAAGCAGGCGGAAUCAAAGGGAGGGAGACAGAAAAGGAAGGCCGGGGGGAGCGGCGGAUAUGAACGAGACGGGAAAUCAGGCAACUUCGGGAAUGUUGCUAGGCAACGGAAAAGAAUCUCCCCAAAUUAGGGAAAGGGAGUCCCAAAUUCCCUCUUCCCAGAUACAGAGCCCAGCGAACCUAAUAAGGAAAGGGAACAACGGAAAGAAGAAAGGAGAAGAAGGAAGUAAGGGAAAAGCCAAAGCCCAUUCAGAAGGCAGCUCAACAGGCAAAGGGAUUUUGGGCUCGAGCCCUACUCGCCCGCACCUCCAAACAACUGGGCCCAAAGACAACAGGAACUCUGAUAGGCCUUCCAGCUCGUACACACAGGCGGAUACUCAGAUGGACCUCGCUAGGAUGUCUUCCGGGCCGUCAUCAACAAGGCUUGCUGGGCCUGUCUCUAAACCCUCCUCACUUCCUCCCCCUGCAGUCCAUACAGUGACCGGGCCUAAUGGAACGAAGAUGCACAUUGUGGAGCUGAAACCGUUGAGUGAUGCUGUCCAGGACUCACCGCCGGCGAGAGCUCGUAUCAAGAAGAAUAAGAGCAAGAAGUCUGCUCCUCUUAGGUCCCCGAGCAAACUGAUGUCGACGAAGGCACUGCAAGUGUGGACUCCCAAGAAGGAUCGAAAGCUGAAAUCAAAAACCAGAAUGGCUUCUCUUACUCUUCAAGAGAUCGAUGCUUGGACCAAAGCUGCCCAACAAUCGACAGAAAGUCGAGGAGCUACUGGCGAAACCUGCCAAGAGGAAGCUGACCCGGAUGCUGCUAUGACGGCAGCUGCCACCCAACCCGAGACUUAG